AGUCAGCUCCCACUCGUGUGUGAGUUUGUUUCCUCUACGCUGGUCAAGAUGAAGCUGUGUUUGGUUCUUGUCUGGUCAGUUCUUCUUUCCACAGAGGCUAAAACUCAGCACAGGUCCACCAACAUAGUCCUGUGCUCUGAUACAGAGAAAGAGGUGAUGUAUGGACUGGAUGGAGAAGAAAUGUGGCACGCUGACUUCAGUCAGGGGAAAGGAGUGAUGACCCUGCCAGAGUUUGCAGAUCCUAUCUCCUUCACAGAAGGAACCUAUGAGGAGGCUGUUGCUGAUGUGGAAAUCUGUAGACAAAACUUGGCUGUUUGUGUAAAAGCUUACAACUACCCUGCAGAACCAAAAGAUGCUCCCAAAAGCAUCAUCUACUCAGAUGACGAAGUGGAGCUGGGCUCUAAUAACACCCUCAUCUGUUACAUCACUGGAUUCUACCCUGCACACGUUGAAGUUUCAUGGACCAAGAAUGAUAUAGAUGUGACGGAUGAAGCUUCUCUCAGCAGAUAUUACGUCACUGAUGAUGGAACCUUCAAUGUGUUCUCCCGUCUGAGCUUCAUUCCAAAGAAGGAUGAUAUCUACGCCUGCACUGUGGAGCACGCGGCCCUGGAUAGACCACUGACCAAAACAUGGGAUGUGCAGGUCACUCCCCCGAAUCUGGGUCCGACUGUGUUCUGUGUAGCGGGUCUGGCUGCAGAACUGCUGGGAAUCGCUGUUGGAAUCUUCUUCUUCAUCAAAGGAGGCCACAAAGGAAGCAGCAAAGGAAACUGCGGGAAACAGACUCCUGACUUCGUGCGGUGGGGUUUACUUUCAGAACAGAAAUUACUUGAGCUCCUCGGGAAAAAGAAGCUGGAUCAGAAAACGACGCCUCUGACUUUUAAAUGAUUAUUUCAGGUUUUACAGGGAGACUCGCAGCAGCGCACGCUCAUCAUAUUUCAGCCUGUUUUUAUUCUCCUCACUCUGUAAUGAUGCUUUUUACAGCUUUAACAAAAUUUUAAAUGAUGCUGCUUUAACAUACCUGAAUAUGAAACCAAAGAAAUUUGGAAAUGUUUAAAUAUGAAACUGAUUUAGUUGCAGACCGGAGUAAUCACUGCUGGAUCAUAGGAUAUGAAGCAUAUUAUAACAGAUGAUUUUAAUACACUAAUGUUGUUUGGAAUCAAUGUUUUCAAAAAUAUAAAGCCUGUGAAAAAACACUGACUGUAUGACUAUGUUUUGAUGAUGUAAAGGAAUCUUGCUGUGCUUAACUGAAAUAUAUAUCUAUGUAUAUUUUGCUGUUGUCGGAACAAAACCUCGUAUCUCCAAAAUGACUAGUUUACAGGAGAAGGAAAAAACAUACUUUACUUUAAAUGUAGGUCAAUGGAACCAGAAUUGUUUCCAAGUCUAUUUGGGGAGUUUCUCUUGGUCCAUUCGUCAUGAAAUUUACACACAAUGUAAAGGACAAAAGCAAUUUUCAAAUUAUGUC